UCAGUUUCGUGUCUGCGGAAAAGGAGCUGCGUGUCUCGAGCGUAAGUUGGACGAAAUGGCGAGCAACGAGGAAGAACCUAUGGACUGUGACACUCAGGACAAAGGGCCGCUGGCGAAACAGAGUGACUUUUCAGCUAAGAAAGAUGUGGCUGAACUCAAAGUGUCACUGUCGACGGCUGAAGAAUUUGAACCAAAAAAAUUUAAGUCGAUAAUAACCAAGACUCUGCAGAGCUGGGCUGCCAAGAAUAGCAUUAGGGGAGAGUUUACAGCCACUGAGAUCUCUGAGGACGGGAAGACAGCUGUGAUAAAGAUUGUGCCUGCUGAAGCCCUUCAAGAGCUGCUGAACAUCAGUGGAAAAGAGCUGAAUACCAAAGAAAAAAAGACAUUUUCAAUAACUCCAAUUAAAGCAGAAGAACAAAGUCAGGAGGACAAGAAAUCUUCAGGGGAAUAUUCCUCUCUCAAACUGCAAAAGGCGCACAAUGGUUCAGUGGAUUUGGGUAAUAAAGAUUCUCCUGCCAAUGACGACAGUGAAAAAACUCUCGUAGCUUUGGGCCCAUAUUGGUACAUGAAGAACAUUCACAGAGACGACAUAGAGCGCAUCGAGAAACAAAAUGGUGUCAGAAUCACCGAAAACGUGGCAGUCUCCAUCAACGCCGAAAAACAUGGCGCAGAUCCCAAAAAGGCAUCAGAUGAGUUUACUGAGCUUGUUCAGUCUUGCCUCAAUAUCUCCAAUGGUUUAUCAAUCCCUCUCAAAGAUAUAGGCCCCCAAGAGUGGAGGGAUACACUGAAAUUCCUCCAAGCAACAGAGCACAAAUGUCAGAUCACGAUUUCGGCUGACCAAAUUACUAUUUUUGGACCGCAGCAAUAUCAAACCGCCAUCUUGAAGUCCCUUAAACGCACCAAAAUUAGCACAAAUUUAACUGAUGAAGAAAGAAAGGAUGACUACAGUAUAACUCAGGGCGCUACGUCUUCCAGCCGUUACAACGAAGACCACAGAAAUGCAAAUCGAAAUCGAAUUAAAAUAACUUCAAGCAUUAAAGAUUCGUUUGUCACGGAUGGGUUGCAAGUUGAAGAAUAUUACUGGAAACUACUUCAAGACCAGUACAGAAAAGAAUUAGAUCGUAUUAAGGACAAGUUUAAUGUUUGUGUUAAAGAUGCUGACACCACCCCAGGCCAAAAAGUCAUCAAAGUUUUUUACAAUACAAUGGAAGGAAACAUGCAAAUGGAAAGCCACGCCAUUAGAGCACUGCUGCGACUCUACCAGAAGGUGGCGACAUCCCAAUUCUUGAAAAACAAUGGGACGUUUCAUGAUGAUCAAAGUGAUGAUGAAAAAGAUCUGUACAGUUCCCCUGAUGAACCAAAAGGAGCUGCUGGCAAAACCUACGUACCAAAAGAGAAAAGUAAUACCAAUGGAUGGACAGAAGGGGGCGCUGCGAAAAACCAAAGUGCUGCUGAAGCUAAGAAGGAUGAGAAAGACGAUAUCUGCCCCGUGUGCCUGGAUAAUUUCACCAAAAAGACCCAACUCAGAUGUAAACAUGAGUUUUGUGAGGAGUGUCUGGAGCAAUCGGUGAAAACCCAAGGAUCCAUUUGUCCAGUGUGUAAAGACGUGUUUGGUUUGGUGGAAGGAGACCAGCCCCCGGGGAAGAUGACGUCACGUAAACGUUACACACCCCUCCCUGGAUACGAGGGCUGGGACUCAAUAGAGAUCAUCUAUGACAUCCCAGAUGGAAUUCAGACGGAUAAACACCCCAGUCCUGGACAGACGUAUACUGGUUUAUGCAGAAGUGCGUAUCUACCAGACAACAGAGAGGGUAAUGAGGUUCUGCAUCUGCUGAAGAGAGCCUUCGACCAAAAACUCAUCUUUACUGUGGGAACGUCACGGACCACCGGAGCCAACAACAUGGUCACAUGGAAUGACAUCCACCACAAGACGAGCACACACGGGGGACCAGAGAGGUUUGGUUAUCCUGAUCCUAACUACCUGAGCAGAGUCAAAGAGGAGCUGAAGGCAAAAGGCAUAAAGUGAUCGCCACAUUUAUCAGAAACACUUCAAUAUUAUCUUAAAGGUGCUGUACCUGAUUUUUACUGUUUUAAAAGCAUGAAAAAACAGAGCUAGUUCAUUUUAAACUGUUUGCAGUGGUCCAGAGUUAUUCCUCAUUUAGCUUAUGCAUUCAGAGCAUGCUAAUUAUUCACCAAGAUGAGUUUAUAAGCACUUUUCAAAACUUUCAGAGACCAGUUUUGCUGUCACUGUAAUGCUAACAAUAACUAGCAUGCAGACGACACACAGCAGUUUGACGUAUGAAGAGCUGUUUUUAUAAUAUAUGUCAUAGACUGUAUGUAUAAAUGGAUGGGUGCAGUUCAGGCUCCAUCAACUCUGGCUCCAAUUCACUCUCUAUUUAAAAUCUGUGUCCCCUAUCUCUGUAACUGCUGCUGUCAGACUCAACAUUUUGGUCUUAAAACGUUCAUAUUAACCCACUCUUUUUAUUUUGUGUCCGUGAUUCAAGAUAUGAACAUUAAUAACAGACAAAUCAGUCCAUUCCUUCAAACAGUCUGAUACGUUUGUGCUGGGGUAAGAAACAUUUUGGGGAUACCAUGGGGAAAAAUCAGGUACAGUACAGCCACUUUAAUAUAAUUGACAAGAUUUGAUGUAAUUUUGUGUCUAAAAACUACGAAUCAGUCUAUGUUUAUUUUAAGUACAUUAUAGUUUGUAAAUGCAGAAUUAUUGUUUAAAUAUUUUGACUAUAGUGUUGCCUAAAGCUUGUUCCUGUUCAUGGGUUGUUGUUUUUUUUCAAGCUACGGCGCCGUCCUCUGUGGUCAUAGCGAUUAAGCAAUUCAAAUCAAAAUGUUCUAUCCUUUGAUUGGAGAAAGAUGCUCUAUGGGUCGUUUGAAUCAGGAAGACUUUGUUUGUCUGAAACCCAUGAAUAGAAACGUGCCAAGUUUAACAACAUACUUGGUGGGUUUUAGAUUACAUCACAGUUUAUAUAUAAAUCUGUAACAUUUAAUGGAUCUGAGAGAAUGUCACAGUUUAACGUGUCCAAGAGCUCAGAGACAUAUAAAAUCAUAAAGGUUAAGGUUUACGUAAUCGCUGUAAGAGUAUUUUUUAAAUGUUGGUAGUCUAGUGCUACUACCAGAUUAUAAUUUUUGUUGUUUUUAUUGCACUAAAUAACAUAACAAAAAACAUGUGUCCUUACUGUGAGCGGGCUUGCGUCUCCACAAACCUGACUCCUCCUGCUUGUUUCCAUGGAAAUUUUGUUUUUCUGUAGUGUUGUUAAGUUAUAAUGUCACUUCCGGGUCCAACCAGAAAUUUCACAGCUUUUUUUUUCCAAUUUUUUUGUUUUUAUUCAUCAAAUCCGAGACAAUUCCUUUUCAAAACUGUACCAAAUAUGUAAAUAAUGUUGCAAUAAUCUUAUCGUAACACAGGAUUACCAAUGUAUAAGUCUCACAAACCGGUCCUUAUUUACCCUGAACAGUCGCAGUUUUGAGCCAUUUGUCCCAUGUCCCAGUGGAUUUAUCCAAAACCAUAUAGCUUGUCUUAGUUUUACACAAGAAAUGUCCCAGAUGUCCUAUAUUUUUGACCCAUUUGAUCCUCGCCAAAAGUAAAAAUGGUAAUAUAUCAUUAAAUCUUCAAAUACAGAAAACAGAGCUUCAAAAUCUCCCCUAGUUACAGUAACAGAAGUCGCUCAUGUUUCAUACUGAUGUUAAAUUUGACUAAAGUUAUAACCUGAUUCAUAGAUGAGCUGAGAAUGGGCAGAGAUUUUAGUUUUUUGUUUUUCUUUCAGGGGUUCAGAAAAGAGGGAGCCACUGUCUGUGUGAAUGGUCAUGUAUGUUAGCUUAAUAAUGUUCUUAAUAACAUGGUCUUUUCACAAGUUUAUUAUUACCAACCACUUCAACCCGGUGUGUCCCAGUUUUUAUUGUCUGUGUAAUUCCGCAGUUGUCCAGGUCUGAUCCCUUGUAAAAGCUAAAAAUGAAAUCUGUCAACUGGACAAAAAAUGGUAGCAGUGAAGACGUUUGGCUGCUCAUCCAAGAGGCUUCUCCAGUUCUGGUCAGAUUAUUGCUGGACAGUGCCUUAUAUCUGUCUGAAGGGAGGAGCUAACUACACUGAAACUGGAAACAGCUUUUGUUUAGUUUCUGUUUGAAGGCUAGGUCUAUUAAGUGUGCAUUGUGCCUGAGACAUUCUUAGCUAUUAAUACAACUCUUAAUGAGUGCUUUUUUUUUACACCUAGUGGCAUCCUGGCUAGCUUUUGUUUCCUUUGUUUGCUUUGGGUCUGAGGAUGGAGUUAUAGAUGGGGGAUAGAUGAUGUCUAAGGCCCCCAUUUCUGUUCAAAUAAUGCAUUUUCUUUCCGAACAAAAACGGCUUCUUUAACUCCCCUCUCAAACCAUUUCUUUGGCUAAGAUCUGUACCUCACUAUCUUCAAAGGAGUGGUCAGUGGGAUGUAGAUGUACAGCAGACUGGGGUCCUGAGGAACUCUUGCAACACGCAGAUGAGAUUUUGCUUUUGGCUUUGUUGUUUUUAAUGUCAAAAUCUAGUCUGUUCUUACCUCAGCCUCUCUGGUAAACUCCCUGUCAGUUAUAACCAUAGAUCCAUGGCUUUGACCUUCUAAACGACUGCAAUCUUGAGUUGCGUCAUCGCUAAAAAAAUGGGCUCAUUGUUUUGAAUCAGCUGAUGUACCCAGAAGUGACAUCACACUUAACUCUAUAACCUCUCACAGUAAGACUUAAAAUGUAUCUGUGUUCAUGGAGAAUGUUCCGUAGUAUGGUUUUAACUUUCUGUUUCUGUGGAAUUAUGAAGGUGACGUCAUUGGCCACCUCAUGAAGGUUACAUACCAUAACUUUGAAAGAGAUCACGAUAAUUACAUCAUAUACUUAUGGAGAAAAUCACUUGUAUUUAUGGAAAAUCUUGCAUUGUCUUUAAAUAAAUGAAUACAAAUCA